CCGUUCUCGUGUUUCCCUGUGCUUCUCUUUCGCGCGGAUCGUCGCGCUGGACGGGCACCGUCUCUGUCAAUUUGCUGUUUCCUCCACUUUUGCGUCGUUCGCGUAUUAUCUUUAACGGCGAAUCUACACCCUUGGUGCGCCUUUUCUUUUGGCCUCCUUUCUUUCCGAGCAACUGAGGCGACGUUUUGAAGGCAAUCUGGGUGUCUUCCCUCGGGCAUGGCUCUCAGGCCUCGCGAGACGAAACGAGCUGGAACUUGUGCUUGCGCCGCGACAGCGCCGAUUUCCGGCUCCCGUGGUGUCGAGGCAGAGUUUCUUCCUCACACCUGCAUCGAAGGCUGGAGCGAAUUCCCCGGCCACCAUGUCCAGGCGACGUUUGUACCAUCCCUGGCGUUUCACAGAAGAAAAAAAGGCCUCUCGAACGGACAUUUCCGUCCCUGCGCCCCGCUCUCGGCGGUUUGCGUCCCUGCUCCGAGUUUCUCGAGUGAGGCAGUGAAAAGGCAUUCGUUUCAGUCCUUCUCGUCUGCGCAAUUAUCCGCCAGACUCGUCGGCUUCUUCGAAAACCUUCUUUUCAGACGGGCGCGGAGGCGUUCCUGGGAGUCGCGACCGGCGCUUGACACUGCGGAGAGCUGCGUUCGAUCCGACAGAGGGGUCGCACACACUCUCCUUUUUACACGAAAACGCUCGCGAAACACGGGAGCGGGGAAAGUUCUGCCGAAAAGAGCUGACUGCCCGAGGCGGGAGGGGGACCAGCGUUCGCUCGAGGCUGGAAAAAAAGAAAGACACUUGCAGACGCUCGUGAGAACGCUGCUUCGACAGAGAGGACGCCAGCGGCGCUGUACUCGCGAGUCCUUCUUCGCCGUUUCGCCGUGUGAAGAGAAAGCUGGAAAAAGUUUGUGUCAAUCCUGCGGACUGACGAUCGGCUUCGCGACACAAAGCGCGGGAGUUGACCCAGGCUGACAAGCUCCGUCUGUUUUUUGUGUACGGUGUGAACCUUCGUGUAACAGUCCGCAGUUCGAGUUGAGAUGAGACCUCGACUCCGUCGCUAGUUUUGAGCGCGAACAAUUCCGACUUUUGGGGGUUGAGCGUCGCUCUUUCGCGACGACGAGGGUGUUUUGACGCAAGUUGCGCGUUUGUGUCUCCAGUUUUUUGCGUUUCGUAUCGACUCUCGCGAGAGCUCCAGAACGCGCGAACACAGGCCGCCGACUCUCGCCUCCUUGACAUUCUUCUGCUUCUUUUCAAGAGCCCGGCGACACCGUCACUUCACGAUGGCUGACAUCCGGACUUGUGCGGAGGCGUUUUUUGCUUUUUUCCUUGCCGUUUCCCUGCCUUUUUGCGGAUCCGCAAGCGGAGCCACAGCCCAGAAUUCAGUGAAGGUCGACAUCCUCUACGAAUCGAAAUGUCCUUUCUGCUUCUCGUGGCUGAAGGAGGAACUGCACCCUGCUGUCGAGCACCUCGGCGAUGAUGUCCUCCGAAAAGCGAACAUCGUUUUCGAUCCCCUGCCCUUCGGCAACGCGAAGGAAAUCCCUGAUGGAAAAGGAGGUUUUUCCUUCGAGUGUCAGCAUGGACAGUCGGAGUGCUACUUGAACAAAGUGGAGGCUUGCGGCCUGAGCAUCAUCGGCCGCGAACAAGUGAAGGCAUGGUCGGAAUGGCUCUUGUGCGUGGAGGCGGCGUCUGCCUUUCCUCCGGAGCUUCGCGUUUCCGCGCCCCCGGUUUCCUCGCCGCUUCUGGGGCAACAUCUUCUGCUUCUCUCUCGCUUUUCGCGCCAACUUCGCUCGACGUCCGCUGUGCCUGCACCCUCCGCAGCGGCCUGGGUGGCCUCGCUCUCCCCUGCUCAGCGCGAGGAAAUUGCAGAUACUCUCCGGGCGUCUCGACAGCUUGCGCGAGACACCGACGCAGGUACGGUGAACGGCGGCCCAAGCGCCGGCGAGAACGAAGCAGAAGCAGAAGGCCAAGCAGACGAACGGACAGAAGAAGGAGCGAAAGGAGAUCACGAACUUGCUGAGCGUUUGAAGGACAGUCAAUACAACUGGCUGCUGUGUCCGGUCCCUACGGACAACAUGUUUAGAGACAUCCUCGCGAUUCUGGCCUGCGCCGAGACGGCAGAGGGGGACAAGUUGGUGCAUGCAGUGGCUGCUCGCACCGGCGCCCACGACUACGUUCCAUGGGUCCGAGUCAAUGGAGAGCAUUCGGAGGCGGCAGAGAACUCGCUGAGAUGCGCACUGUGCCGCGCUGUAGAUCUCUCACACGUUCCGGAGAAAAUGCAGGAGUGGUGCAAGCAAGAAGAAGACGCCUGCAUGCAACGCAGCAGCAACGGCCGUUGCUUCCGAGCAGACUCCGUCACGCUUUCUCUUGCCUCUGAGGAGACGCGCGACGCCAGGCUGCGGGUCAGGCGACAGCGGGAGGCGUAGAGAGUUUUGCUCGAACGCGACCGCUGGGGCGCGCGCCGGCUCCCGAGAGGCUGGGAAAAAAAGGACGCAAGUCGAGUCUCGUGGAUCAAGAUCGAACGCCCGUCCAGCAGACGAGAAGCGUCGGGGGUCAAGAGCCUGAAGGGUGACCAGGCAGUCUGAAGACCUGAAGACGCGCCAAAUCAGUUUGGGAACGCGCAGACAGAGGCUGCGGAGAAGCACGAAGAAUACAGGGAGGAGGGAGAACGCGCAAGUGCAGCGUGACCGUCUUUCUCCUUUUUUGUUUCAGUGAGAAAAAUGGAGCUCGUGAGGCGUCCGAAAGGGCCAGCAGCGGAUGGGAUGCUCUCCACCAAGAGACGCAGGGAUGGCGACAGAGAAACGAGGGAGAGGCAGCGCGCUGGACUGAGCAAAGACGCGUACGCUGCCGUCCCAACGAAUUCCAGUUCAGACACGAUGGAUGCAGGAUCCGCCAGGAAACGCUUCUUCGGGAGACUGGCCGUUACACACCAUGAAAUGGAUUCGUAGGUUUUUCUGUGCGCAACUGCAAGUGCGUUCUGCAGCUCCUGCUUUUGGAGAAAGGGUAGUUUCGUUCUCUGAAACGUCUCGCGACGAGACGAAGGAAGCAGCUCGCGAAGACAGUCCAGAGUCCACUGCGACCCACUCUGGAGUGUGUUGUGCGCGUUCCUGAAACUCCUGGAAAUCGGUUUAGGAAGACUGGCGAAAAGAUCGAAAUGCCGAUGUCUGCCACUGGCAACGUCGUGGACGAGGCGAAGCGCGCAAAGGGCGCGAUUCGACGUUUUGCCUACGGAAACAGAAACGACGCGUUUUUCGGUUUUUCUCGGAACAUAAAAAAAAGAGGUGCCUUCUGUCUCGCCGUUCACCAGUGUGUGUUGUGUUCAUACACCCCAGAGGCCGAGGGCCAGGGCAAGCAAGGCCGCCUGCCUGGUUCAAGGCCGCAGGCGUCUCGCGUUGUUUCGAACUCCGCCAGAAGACGUCGCCAGAAGACGUCGAGACUGAAACGAAUUGUCAACUCAGACGUGAUCCGGCAUGCGCCGGCCUCUGGCAUAGAGACACCGUGUGGGCUGCUCUCUGAAAAACAAAGCGACUGCACUCGCUGCUGUCUGAACUCCCCCCCUCAGUAACGGCACCACCGCGUCGCGCCUCAGAGCAACGAAACUGCAAACCUGCGCCUGCCUUCGCGCCUCUGUGCGUCGGCGGACUUGUCUCGAGGCCGAGAGAGUGAAACGAACGCAAGGGUGGAGCCGAGAGAGCGAGCAGAAACAUGAAAAGGAUUGAGAAAUGUUCGUUUCGGACGGAGCGACGGAGACAGAAGAAAAGCCGAGGAACUGAAAGUCCGACGUGAACGCGCCAGAGGUGCGAAGAACUCGUGUGACGUCAAAUACCAAUUGGACGGGGAAAAGCUCAAGCGCGACAGAGUGAACGAGCAAAAGGCUCUUUGGACACAAAGCUCCGCAUGCACAGAUGCUUGCACACUGAAAAAAACAGGAAACCCAACGAGACGUCCGCGGCACCAACCGAUGCAUGCAGCCUUUGAAGCUCACAGACCAAGCAGCAAAAACGAGACGACCGCGACGCACUCGCCCGGCUCUCCAGACGGCUGCGCAAAGCCCCGAGCAACGCCAGGCACGGCGACCUUACGCAGCUACGCUCAUAUACGCAUACACGAAAACAAGAACAGACAGAUCCACACACUGUCACUAUAUCGCUGCAUGCAGAUGAUGCGAAUGUGCAUUCGCUUUUCGUAGAGAAAUGCCCAUAGAUUGCCAAGGAGACACGCAUGGCACCCAGAAAGACUGCGAC